AUGUCCAUUGUGCAACCCAUCAUUAGAGACGACCUAUACCUCCAAGAUGAUGACGUCUGGGACACAGUACACCAUAUCGAAUGGGAAAUCGACGCCAAUUUCUUCACGGGAAGUAACACAAGACCCAGAUCGCCCCUUUACAAAGCAACAGCAGACCAUCAAAUCAUCAUCGCACGCGCUGCAGCGCUCAUAAUCCGCGCAUCUCUCAACAACAUCCCAAUUGAUAUCCCGGACUUUGAUCCUACUACACUUACAGGCCCGAGAAAGAGCUUGUAUCGAUGGAUGAGAGCCUAUAACAGUUCCCAAGCGGGGAAAUUGGUGUUGAGCGAUGUUACCAUGACCGUCAUGAUUGAGAUCCUUUCCUCAUUGACAAAACUGGGUGCCGAGGGCGAGAUUCUUGAUAAGAUUGGUCCCAAUAUAGGUGGUAUUCUCCAGGGAAAGGUUGAUCCCAUCGAAUUAAUGGUUCAAGGCGACAAGAUACACCACAUGCAGGACGGUAUGGAGCUGGCGUUGAAAAUGAAGUCGCACCUUGGAGAAUAUCUAUCACAUUUUGCAACGAACAAAUCUGUUCAAAAUGUUCUCGAAGUCGGAGCCAGCACGAGCAACGUAACGGGAACUCUCUUAGGUGCCUUGUCUGGCGAGAAAAGAAUUUCCUAUACCCUCACAGACCGAUCGCUCCCAAUCCUGGAGCAGAUGAGAGCCUCACUAAAGGGUUCGUUCAAGCUCAAAGCUCUCGACAUCAACCAGGAUCCAGUUGAACAAGGAUUCAGCCCAGGGUCUUUUGACUUGGUCAUCGUCAACAACAUUUUAUAUACAGCCAAUUCUUUGGUGGGGACUCUCAUGAAUCUACGCAGACUUAUCACCCCUGGCGGCGUCCUUAUUCUUGCGGGAUUUUCAAGUAUGUCACCAGCCUAUAAUCUGAUAUUUGGUAUGAACGAGAACAUGUGGUCAGACGAACGAUUUGAGCCAUUGGAAUGCCCUUCUGUAAACGAGUGGAAUAAGGUUUUGCAGAACAACAAUUUCAGCACACUCGAACCGGCAACAAAAACAUUUGAUUUUAUAGGGCAGUCAUCCUACUGUUUGGUUUCAACAGCUCUGGCUUCUAUUCAUAAUUUAAUGGUCAACAUUCUACCUUGUGCUCAUAGUGGCAGUUUCAGCUUCGCCAACCAGCUAUCAACCGCUCUUGCAGAAAACAACACAGCAUCGACCAUCUCACCAAUUUUCCCUAAUGACAUCUCGCCUCAUUUUAUAUACACUGUUAUCGAUGAUGGUUCUGCUUUUCUAACGGAGUACGAAAAGCUCGUCAAGGGCAAGAAUAUCUUAUGGAUCAGCAUGAAGACAGAUGAUGCUGAGCCUCGCGACAUGGGAGUGGUACAAUGUUUUGCCCGCCGUGCUCUUGAAACUAACAGCGAUAUCAAGAUUGUUACCCUCGAUGUUAAGCAGAAGUUUCCAGAUCAAGCGGAUAUCUUGAGAGUAGUUACACGGAUCAUUCGACUCUCGUUUCAAGAAAAUAGAGGUACCCGGACGGAACUUGAAUACGAGUAUGUCAAUGGCCAGGUGUUUGUAGCGCGUGUGAAGCAAUCAGAACUAGCCAGUAAAAGAGGAUAG